UACGUCAACAACAUCGGUCACUGAACAGAGGCUUUCUUCGUUUUCCGUAUGCUUCACACAAAUGGGUACCCAGAUUAACAACCGGGAUUUAUCAGAGGGGAAUAUUACAAAGAAUAUGUUUGGACGCAGAUACUAACUGCCUUCUAUUUCGAUUUAAACGGAGACAGGAAAAGACCGAGCGACACCGCAAGAUAUCACCGGCCCCCCAGCGAGAGGCCCAGGCAGGCAGCAGUGUGUCCCCAGCGCGGAGCCACCAUGGAGGGGGGAGGCAUGCAGCUGGUGAACCGCGACGGCCACAGCAUCUCCCACAACUCCAAGCGGCACUACCACGACUCCUUCCUGUCCAUGAACAGGAUGCGGCAGCGCAGCCUCCUGUGUGACAUCGUGCUGCACGUGUCCAACAAGGAGAUCAAGGCUCACAAGGUGGUCCUGGCCUCCUGUAGUCCCUACUUCCACGCCAUGUUCACUAGUAGGUGUCCUGACGCCGAGCCCGUCAUGUCUGAGUAUGAGAUGUCGGAGAGCAGGCAGACCCACGUGACGCUGCACGACAUCGACCCCCAGGCCCUGGAGCAGCUGGUGCAGUACGCCUACACAGCUGAGAUCGUGGUGGGGGAGGGCAACGUGCAGACCCUGCUCCCUGCGGCCAGCUUGCUGCAGCUGAACGGGGUUCGGGACGCCUGCUGCAAGUUCCUGCUGAGCCAGCUGGACCCGUCUAACUGCCUGGGCAUCCGGGGCUUCGCAGACACGCACUCCUGCAGUGACCUGCUCAAGUCCGCCCACAAGUACGUCCUGCAGCACUUCGUAGAGGUGGCCAAGACCGAGGAGUUCAUGCUGCUGCCACUGAAGCAGGUCCUGGAUCUGGUCUCCAGUGACAGUCUGAACGUGCCGUCAGAGGAGGAGGUGUACCGAGCCGUGCUGUGCUGGGUCAAACACGACACGGACGCACGCCGCCAACACGUUCCCUGGCUGAUGAAGUGUGUUCGGCUGCCCCUGCUGCGGCGGGACUUCCUGAUGAGCAGUGUGGACACGGAGCAGCUUGUGCGUCACCACUCAGAGUGUAAGGACCUGCUGAUCGAGGCGCUCAAGUUCCACCUGAUGCCGGAGCAGCGUGGCGUCCUGGCCAGCAGCCGCACCCGCCCACGCCGCUGUGAGGGAGCCAGUCCUGUGCUCUUCGCUGUCGGCGGAGGCAGCCUGUUUGCCAUCCACGGUGACUGUGAGGCGUAUGACGCCCGGACUGACCGCUGGCACAUGGUGGCGUCCAUGUCCACACGCAGGGCCAGGGUGGGCGUGGCUGCCAUCGGCAACAAGCUAUACGCCGUGGGGGGGUAUGAUGGCACCUCUGACCUAGCAACGGUGGAGUCCUACGACCCCGUCACCAACACCUGGCAACCGGAGGUCUCCAUGGGAACCAGACGGAGCUGUCUGGGCGUGGCCGUGCUGCACGGGCUCCUGUACGCCGCCGGCGGUUACGACGGAGCUUCCUGUCUCAACAGUGCGGAGCGGUAUGACCCCCUGACCAGCACCUGGACCUCCAUCGCUGCCAUGAGCACCCGCAGGAGAUACGUCCGUGUGGCUACACUCGAUAGCAGUCUGUACGCUGUUGGAGGCUAUGACAGCUCGUCUCACCUGGCGACCGUGGAGAAGUACGACCCACAGAGCAACGCAUGGACGGCCAUCGCCAACAUGCUGAGUCGCCGUAGCAGCGCCGGCGUUGCCGUGCUGGAGGGCCUGCUGUACGUCGCCGGGGGCAACGACGGGACCAGCUGUCUGAACUCGGUGGAGCGCUAUAACCCCAAGAACAACGUGUGGGAAGGCGUGGCCCCCAUGAACAUACGCAGGAGUACCCACGACCUGGUUGCCAUGGACGGCUGGCUGUAUGCGGUGGGUGGCAACGACGGCAGCUCCAGCCUCAACUCCAUCGAGAAGUACAAUCCCCGUAGCAACAAGUGGGUGUCGGCCUCCUGCAUGUUCACGCGGCGCAGCAGCGUGGGCGUGUCCGUGCUGGAGCUGCUGAACUUCCCCCCCCCCUCCUCGCCCACGCUGUCCGUGUCCUCCACCAGCCUCUGACACGCGGCGGGAGCACGGCUAGCUAGCGCUGACUCUGGCCCCGCCCCCCGGCCCGGCCACGCCCCCCGCCCGGCCUGGGGCCCCGCCCAGGCCAGGUCUGGGAAGAGACGCAACUGCUCUGUGUGAGAGAGGGGGAGAGUUAAAGAGAGAGAGGAAGAGUUAGAGAGAGAGGGGGAGAGUUGGAGAG